AUGUCGUCCGCCGCGAAUCCGUCUCCGUCUCCGGCGACUGAACCUACCUUGAUGCUAAUGUCACUUCCUUACGAUCUCCUAUUAAAUUGCUUAGCACGAGUCUCCAGAUUAUAUCACCCAACGCUCUUUCUCGUCUCCAAAAGAUUCAGAUCCCUCAUUGCUUCACCGAAGCUUCACGAGUUCACUCUUUGUCGAACACCAAACCGUGGCAAUCGCUUGGUCCUAAUCCCAUCUCCACAUUUGCCUCCUGCGGGAUCAACGUGCCACGUCGCUGUUGGUUCGAAUAUCUACAAAAUAGGUGGUGAUAGAGUCUCUUCUUGUAGAGUCUAUGUUCUUGAUUGCAAGUCUCAUAAGUGGCAUCAAGCUCCAAGUAUGCGAGUGGACCGGAGCAACUCUUCCACAGAUAGCUCACUUGAUGGGAAGAUAUAUGUUGCAGGAGGUUGUGAAGAUGUCAAUUCCUCGAAAUGGGUCGAGGUGUUUGAUCCAAAGACUCAAACUUGGGGGUCUGUAACGAACCCUGGAAAACGCUAUAGAGGUGGUGAAAUCAAAAGCUUAGGACUUGAUGGGAAAUUUUACUAUGUGGUUUACAGUCCUGAGGAAGGUAGAUGGAACACAAUGGGAUUGGAUAGUUUUAUGGCUUGUGUAGUAUUUUCUGAUGAUGUUUUGUUCGUUUGGAUUAAUGGAGUGUUUAAAUGGUAUGAUUUUAAGGUGAGUUUAUGGAAGAACCUGAAUGGUGUUGAAAGAUGGCCUCAUGUUUGCCACUCUGGUGAGCAUUUUUUAAUUGUGGAUGCUGGUGGGAAGAUGAUGUUUUUGUGGGAUGAGCUUAUGUAUCAUUCUGAUGGUCGUCAUAAAGAUGUGUUUUGGUGCGCGGAGAUUUCGCUAGAAAGGCGUGGCAAUGGAGGUGACAUUUGGGGGAAAGUCGAGUGGUCCGACGCUGUGCUUCCAGUCUACAACUGUUAUUGGUUGUCGUAUGCAAAUGGACUCUCACUCUUUGAUGAAUGAAAUGGCUUGAACGAUUAAUGCUGAUCAUGAAGUUUUAAGGCAAACCGGCGGAACCAAGGUACCAACAAGAACAUUAUGGUUAUUCUGUGUUCGUCUACUUAGUGUAGUAGGUUUGAUGUUGUGUAAGAUCACUUCAGUUAUCUGUAAUCCGUAACAAAUAUAGAAGAGCCUUACAGUC